AUGCCUGCUAAAUUCACAGUCAAUCCACAGCCAUUCCCGAACUACUUCGUCAGUCAUGGCGGUCCUACAUUUAUGUAUGGACAAAGCAACGGUGAUGUGGGUGCCUACAAGCACCUCCAACAAUUGGGUGCCCAGAUCAAAGCCUGGAAACCCGACUACAUCGUUGUUCUCUCUGCUCAUUGGCAGUCCAGCGCCCCCAACUUGAUUGAGGUUGCCACAGUGGCUGACCAAGAGGAAAACCCGUUGAUCUACGACUUCUAUGGCUUCCCCAAGUACAUGUACCAGGAGGAAUUCCACACCAAGAACCUGAGGAGCGUGGGAGAGCUGAUCGCUUCCCAGCUUCAAACAGCCGGCUUUGACUCCAAGUUGACCAAACGUGGACUAGACCACGGAGUGUGGGUGCCGUUCAAGGCUGCAUUCACUAACUACAACACCAUGACCCAAGAGAAAUACAGUGGUGGUUUGGACUUGCCAGACACCGCGUUGAUCCAGGUGUCGUUGCCCUACGACGACACUGAUUUCAAGACAGCAUACAAGUUAGGCCAGGCCAUCGACAAGUUCCGGAGCCACUUGGUGUGGGACGACGCCAGUCAGUGCUACUUGAAGGGCUUGGUGAUCUUUUCCGGGAUGUCAGUGCACAAUUUGAGAGAAUUGGGCAGUCCCUAUGCCGAGCCAUACUCCCGGCAAUUCAACGAGCUCUUGAGGCAGAUAUUCGCCAACAACACCCACUUGCUUCUGCUGUUGGAAAGAAUCAAGCACGACCACACCAAGUUACUUUACCGUGCCCAUCCAACCUUGGAGCACUUCUUGCCUUUGGUCAUUGGCAGUGGUUCCGCAGGUAAGGAAGGCGUCAAGGAAUUGUACAACUCGGAAUCUGGCUCCUUGGGCUGGGGGAUUUACCAGUUCUAG